UCCUUCUCGUCACUGCUCGUCUUAUGCUGCAGUGUUAGCCCAAGCGCUGCAGUAAGCGAGAGAGCGAGAGGGAGCGAGAGAGAGUGAAAGAGGAGUGAGAGCACACUGUGCACUUGGGUUGACAUCUUGCGAGGAGGGUGAGGCCGGCGUUUCUUAAAUGGAUCUUCUUCCGAGGCGACGAUGACUCCAUGCGAAUGAUGUCACGCUCUGACACGGUGCUGCAGUCGUUCAAAGCGAGAGCGCAAAUGAUGUUUGCGACCCCCCAUCAUAUGAAAGACGUGCAGCUAUUGUUGCGGAAAGCUGGGCUGUACUGCGUAGCGUAGCUGUUCUUUUUGCGUGGAGAGAGAGAGUGUGAGGAGUAUAGUCCUGUGGUGGUGUUUUUUUUAUUUCUUUUCUUCUUCUUCUUCUUCUUCUUCUCCUUCUUAUUUUUAUCAUGCAGAGAUCUUUGUUGAAUUGGCAUUUGCAGGUGGGGAGUUUGGAGUCGAGAGCAGUUUUUUAGCGAGAUCGUUGCGUCGUUUGUUGUUUUUGUAGCUUAUGCCCUGCUGGUCAUCCUCCAGUGUAAUUUUUUAUUCGUUUUUUAUUUAUUUUGUUGUUUUGGCUGUUAUGUUGAGAAAGAAAUUCGAGUUUUUUUAUUUUUUUAUUUUUUUAUUUUUUAUAUAGCUUCGGGUCAUUUUAGCAUUCUUUCGGCUACUGUGAUUGUCAUCGCACGAGAGUAGUGGUUCCCGAACUCAGUGGCUGUUAUUCAAUGUUCCUCCGAGGUGAAAAUCGUCAAGUCGACAAGGCAUGGUGCUCAACUGUGGAACGACGCCAUAGCCUGAGUUCUUGCACUCUUUGGUGGUGUCUUCAGGUGCACGCAUUCCCUUGGACCGACUUAAACGACGAGUAUUCUCGUUUCGACCUGUGAAUCGCUUUUGAGGAACAAGGACUAGACUCCUUAUGUUCGGUUUAGAACGAGCUUUGCUGCAAUGGGGGUCGACAUGCUCGUAGCUCCCGACAGGUGCAGGGUCGUUUUUGCAGCCUGAUGAUACCUUCGCGUCUGGAAUCUACUUACAUUGCGUAUUGAAGAGGCAGCAGCUGCUGCUGCUAAGGUUGCUAACACAAUGCGAAACCACGGAUGGGAGCUGCCGUAUCAUCCUCUCCAGCGAUUAUCUUUAUACCGUUACUCCCAUGUUUUCUUCCUGGAAAGGAAAUGUAGAAAUAGUAGUUUCUGGACAAAUUUCAACAUGGAGAGUGAGAGCUUCUUGUUUAAAGACAUUCAGGAAUUUACGAUUACAGUCUUUGUGCAAAAUUUUGACUGUGGCAGUUGCAGUGUUUUCGGGACUCUCCUUCUCCUUCUACGUCUUUUUCAUACCUUUCGUUGGAAGUAGUGUCCUGAAAUUUCACAUCUACGCAGCCUUCUCCCCUGUGGUUCUAGCAGUCUUUAUUCUAUAUGUGAGAUGCGCUGGUUGUGAUCCAGCUGACCCAGGGGUGCACAAGUCCAAACACGCUGCGAGGGCUAAUCAGCGGGCAGCGCUGAAGGCUAAGGAAUUAUCACUCUCUAAUAUUGACACUUGCUUCGAACAUCCAAAUGAAGACUCUGAUAGAAAUCCGUCAUCCGUUAAAGCUUCGAAAAAUGAAGAACCGAGUCCAAGCGCCGGUGCACCUUGUCUGUAUUUUCCGUUUGCCUGCUUUAAAAGAGAUGAUUCAGAAACGCUAGCUAUUGGAGAGCAAUUAUUGUAUUGCAGCAUAUGUGAAGCUGAGAUAUCAAAGAAUAGCAAGCACUGCAGAGCUUGUGACAAGUGCGUGUAUGAAUUCGAUCAUCAUUGUCGGUGGCUCAACAACUGCGUAGGACGGAGGAAUUACAGGACCUUCGUCAGCCUCAUGGUGGCUUGUCUAUUGCUGCUAGUAAUCGUCUGGACCACUGGAAUCGGUGUCCUUGUCCGCUGCUUUUCACAGAAGGCAAUCUUUGAAAAGGAGAUAAUUCACAGUCUCGGCAGUAGCUUCUCUCGAGUACCUUACAUCAUCGUUGUGGUGUUGCUGUCUCUGUUGGCCAUGUUAGGAACGGUCCCCUUGGGCCAAUUAUUCUUUUUCCACCUCAUUCUGAUACACAAGGGAAUUACGACGUAUGAUUACAUCCUGGCAGUAAGAGAACAAGGAAUAGAACAAGAGAUUACAGAAGGUGAUGGAUUCAACAGCUUGACCUCAUCACCCGCAAGUUCCAAUGCAACAGGGAUUAGUGGUUACAGCUCAGCUGGGGCUCUGGCUCUGCACAAGGGUGUCUUUUGUACACCACCUCGCAUGUUUGUUGAACAUCAGCAGAAGGUUAUGGCCUUCAGUGGGGACUUGGAGUCUUCUGGUGCAAAAGUUUCUGUGAAGGGAAUCGGUGCAGCAGCUCCGCAGACUUAUAGAAAGGUUUCAGUGGGGAUCAACCCUUGGAAACUGGCACGUAUGAAUGCCGAGGAAGCUACCAAGGCAGCCACUCAAGCGAGGGAAAACUCCACCAUCUUACGGUCAAUUAUACACUCCAAAGACCCCUCUCAAGUCAUAGAGGCUGAAGACAGCAGUCUUGAGAGUUCUCAUAAUGUGAGCGGCGAGAUCACUCUCGCUGGAAACAGACGCAACCGCCGAAAGCACCAUGAUUUGGCUUAUCUCACGGGGAAAGAGAGAUGGUUGUCGAUGAAAGAUCGGCUUGGCAAGAACGUCCUUACUCAUAGUAGACCAGGAAUUUUAACAGCGAGUUACGUAUCUAAUGGCAGCCCUCAAUCCUUGGUACUCCCUCGUGCAUUAGAUGCGAGGAAUGGUUUCCGGUGCAGUCCAAGUAGGUUUUCUGGAGAGAUGAGAGUCUUCUAUCCUGGUAGCUCGUAUCCCGGGAGUUCUUAUCCCGGGAGCCAAUUGACGUCUCCCGAAAUCUUUCAGGGAUCGCCUGACCUACGUACAAUUCGUAAACCAGCUCUUGAUGUUGAGAGGCCAGCACCUAUUGCCAAAAAGAAAUCUUCAAUUGAGAAGUUGUUGCAUAGGGCACACAAUGAUGGCUACGAUGCAUCUACAGGUGAAAGUGGCGAUGAAAAUUGUGGGCAUGAUUUACAAGGGUUAAUACAAAGUCUAAAGAGUAGCAGUUUGGAUACCUCUGUCGUUAACCCGAGUGAGAAAGUUUCCGUCUGGGAGGAUGGCAGUCAAGAGAAAUUUAAACCUCGAACUAGCCUAGGGUCCAGAAGUUUGGGUUCCCGAGGAUCCAGGAGCUCUGGAAGAGAUAGCACCGAAGGAAGCUCUGGAUCCAGAGUCGAGGCCAACAUUCUCAAACACGUAAGGAAAGAAUGGCCAGAACUAAGAGACAGGCUUUCGCUCUCUCCCGAUGAUAAUUGCGUCAUGUUUCCUUCGCCAUUCGACUGCCAGAUUCUCGACUCUCUAGAACCAAUACCAACAAAAGCAAUUACCACACGCAAUAUGGUGUCGGGAGAUACUUCUCUAACGCCUGGUGAAUUGGGUCCAACCAAGAAGCUCAAGGAAAGCUUAAUCAUGGGAAAGAAGAGUAAUAAGCGCUGGGGUAAACUCUCUGAGACCACUGGAUGGGAUGCAAGAGAUUGAUAAUUUGCACUCUUGCAAUUCAGCUUCUACGUGCUCCACUUCAGGUCCCUUCACAACUGCAUCCUCCGAAGAGAAACAUGAGGCGUAUGAAUUUCAUGGCUUCAACAGGCCAACUAGCGUUGGCUCAUGGUGCAAUCAGUUCUGUGUCAAAACAGGACCAAAAAAGUAACUUUCUGUAAUUCUCCUCCAUGAGAAAUUUUACGGCGCGGUUACCAUUUGUUGAUAUUUGCUUCUUUCUCUGAGAGUCUGCACUGUUAGCCACUGUCCACCCGUAUUAAUUGCCCUGCAUUGUCAAGCGGCAUCUGUUCAUAAUGGGGCAGGUUGCCUACCUCCUCUGAUGUUAAUCCGACUGGCUUUCGCAUUUGAAUGGUUACACUAGAGAGUGCAUCUACUGCUCUGCCCUCUUUUGUGAUCAGACUCCUCACCGACGUUACUCCUACUGUAGAAGAUUUUUCCAAGACAUUCAAAUAUCUGCACAUUUUGUAAUCACCAUGAGGCUCCUGUGCACAUGAUUACCUUAAUUUAUUGCUCUUAGCAGAUGACAUGUUCAGAUAAGGGCCAAGAGUCAUUUACAACUUCAUUUAGAGUCAA